UUGACAGCCCACGCCUGAGGGGCUGUUGAGCAAGAGGGAGGUAUUUCUCUUCUCACCCCCCCCCAACUCCCGCGAGGACUUGGUACGUCCCGCGCCUUGGGCGAGGCUGCAGCACCUGAGCUGGAGACAGACGCGCGGAGCGAGCGGGCGAAUCAAUCGGGAGUCGGACGUGACCGAGUCAAGCGGGCAGCGUCUCUGCCCCCCUGGCGGGAGCCCGACGGGGGCGAAUUAAUCCGGCCGCGUUGCUUGGGGGAGGCGGGGAUGGAGACCCGGGGACCCCGGCCGGCUCUGCGGACUCUGCUGUGGCUCCUGGUCGGCGCGUGGAUCCCAGGCCCUGCCCACGGGAUGCAAGUCACGGUGCUGAACCCUUUCAACGUGGUGAUCCUCUUCCAGCCUGUUACCCUGCAGUGCAACUAUCAGACCUCAGCCACCCAGCCGCCCAUCGUCACCUGGAAGUAUAAGUCCUACUGCCGGAGCCGCCUGGCCGAUGCCUUCAACCCUAGCAGUCAGGAGAACCAGAUCAACAACCAGCUGCAGCAGAACAAUCCUGGCUACAACCCCUAUGUGGAGUGCCAGGACAGCACUCGCACCGUGCGGGUGGUGGCUACCAAGCAGGGCAACGCCGUGACAUUGGGGGACUUCUAUCAGGGGCGUCGGAUCACCAUCACCAACAAUGCCGACCUCAGCAUUGACCAGACAGCCUGGGGCGACAGUGGUGUGUACUACUGCACCGUCACCUCUUCACAAGACCUGCAGGGCAACAACGAGGCCUACGCUGAGCUCAUCGUGCUGGGUAAGUGGCCAGGACUGGGACACAGGCAG